UCUCGCAGGCAUUACUGCGGGCAGCCCUUCUGUGACCUGCCGGGGUCCUGACCGAGCGACAACAAAGAUGGCGGCGCCCAUAGGCAGGUGGAUGUGUUGCGCAGCGCAGUUUGGAGGGCGCUUUUACCGCCAUACAAGGACUUCAUUUUAUUCCACGACAGCCCCGACACUUUAUCAGUUUGCUGCAAGGAAACCUCAGCUGUCUCUCAAGGUUAUUCAGAAUCCAGCACGAUGUAUGUUCGUCCAGACACAGGACACCCCAAAUCCCAACAGCGUCAAGUUCAUCCCAGGAAGAGCCGUUUUGGAUGCAAGGACCAUGGAUUUCCCAAACCCUGCUGCUGCAUUCUGCUCCCCUUUGGCCAGACAUCUCUUUAGAGUUAAUGGCGUUAAAAGCGUUUUCCUUGGGCCCGAUUUCAUUACAGUUACAAAGGAGAGUGAAGAGAUAGACUGGAACUUGAUCAAGCCCGAUAUCUACGCCACCAUCAUGGACUUCUUUUCUUCAGGCUUGCCCAUAAUAACAGAUGAUGCGCCUCGCAGUGAGACUGCUGCUUCUGAAGAUGACGACGAAGUUGUGGCCAUGAUCAAAGAACUUCUGGAUACCAGAAUCAGGCCAACGGUACAAGAAGACGGUGGUGACGUACUCUACCGAGGCUUUCAGGAUGGUAUUGUUCAGCUGAAGCUCCAGGGAUCCUGCACCAGUUGUCCAAGCUCCAUUAUCACACUAAAGAGUGGCAUUCAGAAUAUGCUGCAGUUCUAUAUCCCGGAGGUGGAAGGCGUGGAGCAGGUGACUGAUGACGACGAUGAAGCUGUUGGACAAGAACCUGCAUCUUCUUGAUCUUCCUAAUAACAUGGGCCAAGACAUGUGACACCGCUGAUACAUGUUGUCCUUAUUUCCAUUAUGGGCCUCUGGUAUACAAAGCAACUCUGGCCAGUCAGUCCAUGUUUUAUUUGCGCUGUGCAGUUUAGGAAAAGUAAGCUGGACUCUGGUUGAUAUGGGAAGCCAGUACCCCGUGAGGUGUUGGAUCCAUGAGUCCCAUAGUCACGUUGCCUGUGUGAUUUUAUUAUUUUUUCUUUUCUUUGUUUUAAUGUGAAAACAGCUGAAUAGAUGCUGGAGCGAAGCACACAUUAAUGUUGUACUGACUCCACUGUAGUAUAUGCUGAAUUAUUUAUCGGUGUAAGAGUAAAAUAAAGUAUACCGUCAUCCACA